AUCGUUUUCUUCUCCAAAUCUCGAUCUUGCUUCGAGCCAUCUUCCCCAUCUCUCUCAUUUCCAAAAUUAUAAUGGUGAAGGCAAUUAAUUUUAUCGAUUAUAAUGGCUUUUCAAUCUUUGUACUUUUUCAUUAGCUUCAAUCGAAUCUUUUCUUUAUUUUCGUAAAAAUUGAUCAGUUAAAACUCUUGAGCCACAAUUAAACUCGUGAACGAAAAAUCCGCUACCCGCUCGCCACCUACCUCGCCCUGCUCGCCGUCCGUCACAAGCGGUCCUAACGUCAUCAUCGUCGACGCCUUCCGUUGGGCCGCACCCCGCACGCAGCCACUUUCCCUGUAGCCUUCUUCUCCACCUUCGCCCGACCGACGGCUUCUCUGUGCGGAUUAUUGUUGACAAAGAAGUUCGGUGUCACUGUGUCGCUAAUAGCUGGUCGGAAUCCUAACUCCUCUUUGGCGAAGCAGCCUUCCACCAAGCACAGACGCGUGACCUCCACCGCAACGUGAGACAACUUGCAUUUUCCCGGUCAUUCCUUGGAUCUGAUAAGACCAAACAAUGGGGCUUCUCAGCAUAAUCCGGAAGAUCAAGCGAAAGGAGAAGGAGAUGCGCAUUCUCAUGGUGGGUCUUGAUAAUUCGGGAAAGACAACAAUAGUGAUGAAGAUAAAUGGUGAAGAUACGAGUGUGAUUAGCCCCACGCUUGGUUUUAACAUCAAAACCAUCGCUUACCAAAAGUAUACUUUGAACAUAUGGGAUGUUGGAGGACAGAAAACCAUAAGGUCGUAUUGGAGGAACUAUUUCGAGCAAACAGAUGGGCUGAUUUGGGUGGUGGAUAGUUCAGAUCUUAGAAGACUGGAUGAUUGCAAAUAUGAGCUAGAUAAUCUUCUCAAAGAAGAGAGGCUAUCAGGAGCGUCAUUGUUGAUUUUUGCAAAUAAACAGGACAUACAAGGUUCUCUCUCGCCUGAUGACAUUGCCAAGGUACUCAACUUGGAAGGCAUGGAUAAGAGCCGACACUGGAAAAUUGUUGGAUGCAGCGCCUAUACUGGGGAUGGACUGCUUGAGGGGUUUGAUUGGUUGGUUCAAGACAUUGCCUCACGAAUUUACAUGCUUGAUUAAAAUAUGUAUUGUACUCUGAUCUGAGCUGUAAUCCUCCAUUGAUGACAUCUUUUUCGACAUGUUUUUCGUUUAGUUGACUAUUGUCUAAUCGAGCUACCUGCAUGGUCAAAAUACUCUGAUAAAUUCAUUUUUUUUUUUUUUUUUGG